AUGGCUUUGCUUCUGCUGAGCCUGGGACUGAGUGUCAUCACGGCCCAGGAGUUCAAUCCCCGCAUCGUUGUGCAGAGGAACUACAACAUGGCCAGGGUUUCGGGGGUCUGGUAUUCUAUUUUCAUGGCCUCAGAUGACCUGAAUCGGAUUAAAGAAAACGGGGACUUGAGGGUCUUCGUCCGGAAUAUAGAACAUUUGAAGAACGGCAGCCUAAAAUUUGAUUUCGAAUUCAUGGUGCAGGGGGAGUGUGUGGCCGUGGUCGUGGUCUGCGAGAAGACAGAGAAGAAUGGAGAAUACUUCAUCAACUAUGAGGGCGAGAACACAGUGGCCGUCUCGGAGACUGACUACAGGCUGUUCAUCACCUUCCACCUCCAGAACUUCAGGAAUGGGACCAAGACCCAUGCGCUGGCACUCUACGCACGGGUCCCGCAGCUGGAACCCUCCUUCCUGAGCAGAUUUGAAGAAACCUGCAAAAAGUAUGGACUUGGCCCACAAAACAUCGUCGACUUGACCAAUGAAGAUCACUGCUACUCCAAGCGUUAGAGGAGCCCGUCCAGGCCUCCCCUGCGUGAGCUGCAACUCGGGAGGGGCAGGGGGCUGGAUGGGGAGAGCCUGGGGUCAACAUCAGAGACUGGGGGUCCCAGCCCAGGAGGUGCCCACCCCUCCCCCCAGUCUGGGAACCGAACACAAGGUGCUUGGUGAAAGAUGCUGUGAAAAGCAUCCUGGAGUCAGGGCAGUGAUGGGGCCUUCCAGGGUGGUAGGGUCUGAGCAAGAAGUGAGAUAGGGCCCUGUGAGAGUCUCCAGGGGCUGCUGUCACCACACGUGGGUGACCAUGACAAUCAGGAUUUACUUUCUCACAGCCUGGAGCCCGAGAUCUGUAACCGGAGGUCCGCAGGCUGUGCUCCCUCCGCAGGCUCCUGGGGAGGGUCCUUCCUGCCUCUUCUGAUUGCUGGGGGCUCCAGGCAUCCCUGGCUUGUGGCUGUGUCGUUCCAGCCUCUGCCUCUGUCUGUGUCUCCUCUUUUGUCUCUUCUAAGGAUACAUGUCAUUGGAUUUAGGGCCCAUCUUCAUCCAGAAUGAUCUCCUCCUGUCAAGAUACUUAACUUCACAUCUGCAAAGACCCUUUCCCAUCAGAUGCCCUUCACAGGCUCCAGGAACUAGGAUAGGAGCAUGUCCUUUGAGGGUCACCACUCAGGCCACCACAGGCUCCUUCUCCGAGCUGCCCCUCCCUUCUCAGAAAUGGUCCCGGCCCAGUAAAAAUCUCCAGGGCCCCCUUCCCUUCCCAGAGCCUGAGCCUCCCGGAGACAUGCCUCUAAAGGCACCUCUGCAUUUCUGCAUGAGGGUCCCUGAGGGUAAAGUAGCGGAUGUACCUGUGAUGCGUGGUGGCCACAAGAUGCGGGUGAGACAGCAACUGGCAACCAAGGCCCUACCCCUCCCCUCUCCGCCCUUCCCCUCCUUGUCCCUCUCCUCUCUGCCCCUCCCCUCCCUGGGCUCAGCCACUGCCUCUGGGGGAAGAUGAUGAACAAUGUCACAGCGGAGGCAGGUGCCUGCGCCCCACUCCAUGUUUUGGUGAAUAAAAGGGAGG